AUGGAGUUUUUUCCUGGCGAUUGGUCUACUGGAACAGGUUACAUUCUGUAUACCCAGUUCCUUGCCACCCAUGGCUGGUCUCAAACGAUCGGACGGGCUAUAUCUGCCGACUGGAGUCUUUCGAAGGGUAGGUCUUCUUUUCCCUUGCGAGGACGCCCGGGCAAUGCUUCUUCCCCACUGGCGGUUUCACGUCUCAGUCUGUUACCGGCCGUGCAGAAUCUGAGCAAAUCUGAGCAGCGAUCCCAUGGAAUGGAUCUCGUCCGAACCUGUUCUUUAGCGUAUACUGCACUUGAUCACGGGUCCAACUUGCCCACUUUGAUGCCAAGCCGAACCUCUGGUACCUGA